AUGAUAAAACACGUUGAAACCAUCCACCGGGUACGGUAUUCAACGGCAACUGUUGCUAAAAAAAUUCAAUUUUCUAAAUUGGAUGAAAAAUGGAGAGCAAAAUGGAAAUCACAAUCACCCACUGGUUCACUACAUCCAACAAAACAUCUAAUACCAGAAACAAAUGAAAAAUUUUACUCAUUAGCAAUGUUCCCAUAUCCUUCUGGUGUACUACAUAUUGGUCAUCUUCGAGUAUAUACCAUCAGUGAUGUGGUGGCACGAUAUAAACGAUCCAAAGGAUUCAAUGUAAUCCAUCCUAUGGGAUGGGAUGCCUUUGGAUUGCCUGCAGAAAAUGCUGCUGUAGAAAGAAAUAUUAAUCCUUCGGAAUGGACUGAGACAAAUAUUGCCAAAAUGAAAAACCAAAUGGAAACUUUUUUGGCCGAUUUUGAUUGGCAACGUGAAGUUAAUACUAGUUCACCAGAGUACUAUAAAUGGACACAAAAAAUAUUCUUGAUGUUGUUUGAACGAGGAUUGGCUUAUAGGAAAGCCGCAGAAAUAAAUUGGGAUCCUGUUGAUAAUACAGUGCUUGCUAAUGAACAAGUAGAUGCUGAAGGAAGAUCAUGGAGAAGUGGAGCCAUUGUUGAAAAAAGAAAUUUGGAACAAUGGUUUAUUGGAAUAACCAAAUAUGCCAAAGAAUUAAAUUAUGAUUUGAAAAAUUUGCCCGAUUGGCCAGAAAAAGUUAAAAUAAUGCAAAAGAAUUGGAUUGGUGAAUCGAAUGGGGUCGAAAUUAAUAUUCCAGUGAACUUCCCUGGGUUAGAACAUGUAACAGUAUUCACUUCUCGUCCAGAUACAUUAUUUAGUAUGCAAUUUGUAGCAUUGGCAUUGACUCAUCCCAUUGUGGAAGCAGCAUCAAGGGAAGAUCAAGAAUUAGCGGCAUUCGUUGAGUCUGCAAAAUUAAUUGAUGAUCCAACAUCGAAAGCAGGCUAUAUGUUGAAAAAUAUAAAGGCAUCUAUUCCAAUUGACGUCAAUAACAAAAUUAAGAAAACCUAUGAUAUUCCAGUUUAUGCUGCGCCAUAUGUAUUAGGAAACUAUGGUCAUGGGGCAGUUAUGGGUUGUCCUGGACAUGAUGAAAGAGAUUUUGAAUUUUGGAAAUUGAAUGGAUUAAAAGGCGUACCAGCGGUUCAAAUUAUUGCUCCUAAAAAGCAAAAUGCGAAAGACGAUUAUCCAUAUACUUUGAAAAAGGGGACAUUAGAAGAUUCAUCAGUAUUGCCUCAUGGAUUGAGUGAUAUUGGAGAAUACAAGGGUAAAACAAUUGAAAAAGCUACCCAAAUGAUCACUGAUUGUUUAAAGUCACAUUCUUUAGGUAAUUAUACUACACAAUUUAAAAUAAGAGAUUGGCUUAUUAGUAGACAAAGAUACUGGGGUGCGCCAAUUCCAAUUGUUCAUUGUCAAGAUUGUGGGCCUGUGGCUGUUCCAGAUAAAGAUUUACCAGUUGUAUUGCCCGAUGUUAAGGGGAAACAUUUUGGCAAGGGGAACCCAUUAGGAAAUAUUGAAGAAUUUGUAAAUUGUAAAUGUCCUUCUUGUGGUAAAGAUGCUAAAAGAGAAACUGAUACUAUGGAUACGUUUAUGGAUUCGUCAUGGUACUUUUUCCGAUACUUGGAUUCAAAGAAUGAAAAUUUACCUAUUGGAACUGAGACUAGUAAACAAAUGCCUGUGGAUUUAUAUGUUGGAGGUGUUGAACACGCAAUUUUGCAUUUAUUGUAUUCUAGAUUUAUUGCUAAAUUCCUUAGCGAUUGUGGAUUAUGGGAUGGUGAACCUCAUCAUAAGGAACCUUUCAAGAAACUAGUUACUCAAGGAAUGGUUCAUGGUAAAACAUUUAGUGAUACUGUAACCGGGAAAUUCUUAAUACCUGAGGAACUUGAUUUCACUGAUCCAACUAACCCAGUUAUCAAAGCUACUGGUAAGGCUCCUGUAGUUACUUUUGAAAAAAUGUCAAAAUCUAAGCAUAAUGGUGCUGAUCCUGGUGAAUUUAUUGAAAAAUAUGGUGCUGAUGUAAUUAGAGCCCAUUUACUUUUCCUGGCCCCAGUUUCUGAUACUCUCAACUGGCAAGAAGAGCAAAUUUCCGGUACAGAUAGAUGGUUGAGACGCGUGAUUCAAUUGGGUGAUUCUAUAACUGAAAUACCAAAAAAUCAAUUCAAAACUGAAAGUUCAGGCUCACUGCAGACUUUCCAAAAUGUUAACUUAAACAAAGUACGUUAUGAUACUAUUGAAUUUAAUAGUCAAGAACUUGAACUUUAUAAUUCUGUCCAAGGAUACGUUCAAUCAAUUGCAUCCUCCAUUGAAGUUAAGUUUUCACUCAAUACCAUUGUGUCCGAUUUGAUGAAAAUGACAAAUACCAUAAGUGAGGCCAUUAAAGACACCAAGACUUACAACCAAGAUUUGAUUUUCGAUAGCUAUCAAAAAUUAUUGAUUUGCACGUCUUCUGUUACUCCUGCCACUGCUGAAGAAUGUUGGGAAAGAUUUGCUCUCAAUCAAGGCAAACCAGCACCAAAUUCAAUUUUCCUUGAACAAUAUCCAACUGAUACCCCCAUUGAAUCUAACUUGACUAUGUAUAAUAUAUUUAUCAAUGGUAAACAUAGAGGAACAAUGGAAGCCCCAAAAUCAUUUGCUAAAGAAUCCGAGUCUGAAAUUGUUAAACAAAUCUCAGGCAUUGAGAAAUUCAAUGAUCUCAUUGUUGGACCUGUAAAGAAAGUAAUUGCAAAACCUAGUAUCAUCAGUAUAGUUUUCAAAUAG